AAUCUUGCUGGUUGAAUUUUGGGUUUAUCUUUUGUAGCUUUUCAUCUUUACCGAUCACUUCAAUAAAAUCCAGUAUUUAUUAUCUCCAGCGUCUUAAAUAUCCUUUAACCACUUCCCACGUCUCAGAUUUCUCCUUUCUUGCAUGAAGAAGAAAAUUCCUUCAACAGUUUGUGGCGAUGAUCAUCAUGAUCUGAUUGACUGAAUCGCUUUGAAAAAUCUUGAUACUUUAGUUUAUAGGAGUAUUUGAUAAAAUCACUACGAAUUUGAUUAUUGGUGUGCCAAAUCUGGAUCAAGAGCAGGUGAUUUUGCUGGAGAAAAGGGUUUAUUGACUCUUUCUACCCUAAUCGUCCAUGGCGCCCCACGGCAGGGGAGAUAAAAGCAACGAAGGUGAGGAUGUGAAUGACAUUGAUCCUGGCUUGAAGCUAAUGUAUAUGACCAAUGAGCGUGAUUUGGAUGGCAUCAAGGAGCUUCUAGACUCCGGCGCUGACGUCAAUUUCCGCGAUAUCGAUAAUCGGACCGCGCUUCACAUCGCUGCGUGCCAGGGAUUCAGUGAUGUUGCUGAGCUGUUGCUUGAAAAUGGAGCUCAUGUAGACCUCAAAGACCGCUGGAGCGGCACGCCUCUUGCAGAUGCCAUACACUAUAAGAAGCAUGAUGUGAUCAAACUAUUGGAGAAACACGGUGCAAAGCAAGUGCUGGCUCCGAUGCGGGUAGAAAAUCCUGGUCAGUUACCCGAUUAUGAGAUUGAUCCUAAAGAAAUUGAUCUUACAAACAGUAUAGAAAUAGGCAAGGGAACCUUUAAGUUAGCUACUUGGGCUGGAACACAAGUUGCUGUGAAGGUAUUCUAUGAAGGGGCUGCUGACGAGAAUAAAGUGAGGUCAUUUAGAGACGAGCUUUCCUUGCUUCUGAGUAUAAGGCAUCCAAAUGUCGUCCAGUUUAUUGGUGCCGUGACACAAAGUAGUCCUAUGAUGAUUGUGACUGAAUAUUUACCAAAGGGCGAUCUUCACGAAUAUUUAAAAAGAAAAGGUUCGCUAAAACCUGCAAAAGCUAUCCGAUUUGCUAUGGAUAUUGCCAGGGGAAUGAACUAUUUGCAUGAACGUAGACCUGGAGCUAUUAUUCAUCGCAAUCUUGAACCUUCAAAUAUUUUGCGGGAUGAUUCUGGACACCUGAAAGUUGCAGAUUUUGGAAUUAGCAAGCUUCUUAAAGUUGCAAAAAGUGUUAAAGAAGAGAGGUCUCUGCCCCGUCACGAUAGUACCUGUCGUUAUGUGGCUCCCGAGGUUUUCAGAAAUCAAGAUUACAACACCAAAGUAGAUGUUUUCUCAUUUGCCUUGAUAUUACAGGAGCUUAUUGAGGGGUGCCCUCCAUUCAGUACGAAGCAAGAACACGAAGUGCCAAAAUCUUGUGUUGCAAAAGAACGCCCUCCUUUUAAGGCCCCAAUGAAAUUGUAUGCCAAUGGUCUUAAAGAGUUGAUCGAAGAGUGCUGGAGUGAAAAUCCAGCUGAUAGGCCGACGUUUAGGCAGAUCAUUCCUCGGCUGGAGGGCAUUCACAGCAGAUUUAACCGUGGCAGUUGCUGGAAGGUGAUACCAUUGGAUUGCUUUCAGCAUUGGAGCUGGGCCAAAUGUCAUUCCGGUUCCAGCAGCCAGAGUGAUUCCUCCGGGUCUCUAGGGAGAGACGCCUAAGUUUCUUCGUCAUCUAUUCAUUUGGAAGAGGAUGUUUCAGCAUAUUAUCUUUCAAACUCACCUGCACUAGAUGAGUCUCUAAGGAGAUGGUGGAAUAAUUUCACCACGUUUACUGAAAAUAUUUGUAAGAUCAUAUUUUUGUGAUGGCUUCUAUUUUCUGAUAAAUUCUUGGAUAGUUUACAUGGUAUAAGCCAUGAGUGUGUAAAGAAGUAUUAAAUCUCAUGGAUAUAUAUAAAAAAUUGGUAGAAUCUGUUUUUGCUUUUUCUUGUUA